GGUAUAAGAAACUUUCGGCGGCGACUCUUGGCACAACUUGUGGGGUAAGUCGCAGGGGAGCGGGACACCGGCGAAGCUAGAGGUUCCCGACCGGCAACGAGCAAGGCUAGCUAGAAAGGAUCCUAAAACCUAGACCUCCCCUUCAAAUCCGUCACUUUUUUCAGAUGAAGGGCAGAAAGGCGAUAACUAGAUGAUGGCGCCAGCAACGAUGAUAUACUGAAGAUUUUUGUGUGUGCAUUGUUGAUGUUCUCAUCUGACUCCUGCAAGAUCAGGGGGACGUGCCAGCAGACGAAAUUGGAAGGGCCGGAAGCCGCAAUCAACUCUUUGAGUUCCGUCUAUGGAAUUGUGUAGACAUUAACUCUUUCUUAUGCAAGGAGAAGUAAAUUGGUUUACUUUCAGCUGAAUGUUGAGAGUUGAUGGAUGAUAGAGGCCUUUCUUCGGGCCAGAUUAAGAUAUUAGUCAUCAAUGUCCCCCCUUCACAGUUUGAUGAGAAUGACAGCCAUCCCCAACAAAGGAAGUCGCUGGCAACUAGCGGAGCUGCUACUGUUGAAAUCUUAUGCUGUCGGAACUAAUGAUGUUGGCUGCCGAAUUAGAAUUGCUACUGUUGGCAUCUGCUACUGUCGAAGUUGGUGCUGUUGGCUAGCAGAGCUACUACUGCCGGGAUUUUCUGUUGUUGGAGUUGCUGCUACUACGCAGCCAAAUUGUUGCUCUCCCCCAAAUUGUACGUAUUUGCUGCCGUUGAAGGUUGCCUCGUGGAUUUUGCAGCUUAUAACUUGCUUUGGUAUCUUGCACUCUAAUAACAAAUGGAUCUUUUGACCCUCAGAUGUGUAUGUAUCUUCUCUAUUUUGAUAAUUAUUUAGAGGAUGUAAGUGUUUCUUUAUGUUCUCCAUUAGAGGUGGAGGUUGUAAGAACAUAAUUUAUAAUAAUAUUUUAUUUUGGCUAGUAAGGGAUAUAAUUUGUAAAGAUCUUUAUAUUUUCAUUUAUUUAGUUAGUCUUGAGUACUACAAGUUUCAAUGUGGACCACUGUCAAGAAAAUAUUAUGCGUAUUUAAAUAAGAGUAAAUAUUAUGGGUGUGAUUAGUGGUUCCUAAUUACU